UGCAGUGGUGUGCAGUGCGCGCGUCACCUGACCAAACGCGUCUGAUCCGGCUGUUCGAAUUCUGACCGAGUUGUCUGAUCGCCGAUAAACUCGAUUGCUUCGCAGCUGAUUUUCCUGGCAGCGAGCGACGAAUUUCCAUGCUCGCAUGUCCAAGAUAGUUCGAUCGCACUAAUCGGUGGUCGGUACAACAAAUUCAAUUUGCACUGCCCCAGGCGGCAUAUACUGUCGUACGGGUAAUCUUCAAAUCAUCUCGAUGUUGGAUGGAUGGAUCGAUAUUUUCAUAGUCAGCCGUCGUGAGUCGUGGUAUCAUCGUCUUGUGCACGUCGCAUCAACGCAGUAGCCUUGCAGAACACACCGAUCGGCUUUUCUCACGGGACGGUCAACAGUUACGACGACGCACGUCGGGCCCCAGCAAACAUUCAACCUAAUACCCUAUCGUUAUCGACGCCACUCGUAUCUUCACCUGUACAUCUGUGACACUCUUCCUUAAUGCGGCUACAAGGAGGAGAUGACGGAUGAAUAAUGAGCGCCACCGGUGAAGAUCUUGCGGUUUUGUCGUACAAGGAGCUGCAAGCGUUAGCCGCCAAGUACCGUGUGCCUGGCAAUAUCAAGAAGCAAUCUUUGUUGCAAGUUCUUUAUGCAGCAAAGGCAGGAAAUUUGCUUGAGGUAUCGAAAUUACUCUCAGACUUGAAGAAAAACAGAAAAAAAAGGAUUAAAAAGCUGAAACUUCAAUCAGAAGGAGAAGUACAAUCAAAUUCUACUCUCCAAGAUUCUCCAGAACUAAUUGUUCAGCAAGAUCCAUUUUUGUUUUCUAUGCAACCGCAGCAUCAGCAACAGUACCCAUUCCAGUGGGUAGGAGCAGAAGAAGAAGUCAAUACUAAUAAGUAUGACCCAUUAAAGUGUAAUUUAAGUUAUAAUGAUAUAAAACAAUUGAUUCUAUCAAGCUCAAAAGACCGAAAUAAUAACGGUUCAUUGUUAGAUGAAAUAAUUGAUUUACGAACUGAAGCACCUACUAUAACAAAUCAUACCAAUACACUAGUUACACAGUCAGAAGAUUCUAGUGCAAGGAUGUCUUUAUUAUUAAAGAAAAUGUUACAAGCUCCUGUUGGAGCAAAUCUUGGUGAAAUUGCCAGCCCUGUAUCGAAUUGGCCUCUUGAUACUUAUCAAAUAAGGGAACAGCCAUCACCGGAUAAUUCCGAAACAAUGACAGCGAAAUCCGACAUAAAUGAAAAUGACGAAAUUUGGCAAGAUAAUGUAACAUCGGUUACAGGUGCCUUACCUUGUGUUUUUUCUACAGAUCAAAGCUACAAUAAUAACAACAUUAAUGAUAACUACAACAACAAUAAUGGAGUUUUAUAUAAGCGUGAACACUGCCUUUCAUUUUACAAAUCGCCAUUAGAUAACAUUGUUGAAUCAAAUUCGAUAUGUUAUAAUAGCCAGUCUUAUCAGUUUGAAUUUGCACCCCAACCUGAUUCUCAAGAGCACUGUCGCAAUUGGUUAGCAUCAAAUAGCCUUGAAAUUCCUGAGCCUCCUGAUUAUGGAUCACGAUUAAUGGCUUCUGCACCUGAAACGUUUCAGUAUCCAAGUCCUGAGACUACUGCUGAUGUCUUAGACACCAGUCCUACAAGCGGUGCAUCAAAUGUAAAUAUUAUGCAAUCAAGUGGUGGAUCUUAUUGCUUGAAUGACCAGCCUUAUUUGAGUAGUGCAACUUUGCUGGACCCCACUAAUAGUAUUGUUCCUGAAAUCCAUUUUGAUCCAUUACGUUAUUACCAAACGCCACCAUCAUCAUCGAUCCAACCUGCAGAAACCCAAGACUAUUACAGAGAUUUGGGCCCGUUUUCAACAAACAAUGGUGAAAAUCAGCAACGUCAAUGUUCUACCAAUACAGAAAAUUUUAUGCCUCCAAUCUAUGGCGUAGAUUUAGAAUCGGCUCCAUAUGAUUCUGCUUAUUAUCAAGACCCUAAUACAUCCGUGAAUUUAGAUGUCACUGAUCCUUUGCAUCAAGUUCAAGAAUCAUCAGGAUUAGAUGUUUAUAUGCCACCUCCUACAUCGGUUAUUCAAAAUGAAGUUCCACCUCCUCCACCUUACAGUUCAGCAGUGCUUGAUCCCUACUGGCCUCAGUGGUCAGCAGCUUCCCAAACAAUCACUGCUGCACGAACAGGAGGAAAAACUUUAGAAAAUACUUUGAAUUUGUGCUCUUCAAAUUACAUUGACUAUUCAAAAGUAAAUGAAACAAGUUGUGUCAGUGUCUUCAGUACUACGCGAGCACCUGUAAUGACAUUUCGUCGAGGUGAAAGCUCGGUACCAGCUACUCAAGAACCAAUUUCCGGUCCGGGUGAGCAAAGACAACAUAAUUUUGUUUCCAACUGGCUAUUAUAUGACAAUGAUGCUAAUGGUAAAGGCUUCUCAAGAUCUGUGCCCCUGACGACUAUGAACGGCCUUACAAAUUUUUCUAGUAUUGUUUAAUGCAAUGUAUAAAGUGCAACUUUUAAACAAAAUUAUGCUCGGGUUUUGUAGUGUCAUUAAUUGUCUUUUAAAGGUAUUGCGUUCCUUCCAUUAAAAACUCACUUUUCAAAAUAAUUUUCUGCCUGUAUAGCUAAUGAUACGAAUUCUGCAUAUGAUUCAAUCGCAUUUUUUAAGUUGAUAACUUUGGCUGAUGCUUCUUUCGUCUCUUUGUAUAGUUUUUUUUUCACUUAAGUGAUUUUUAUGAGAAUUUAGCAGUUUAACUGCUGUUUACUGAAUUAUGUUACUUGAAAGAUUAAAAUUGGAUUAUGUUGAUUAUGCUUACGUUUAAUCAUUUUAUAGAGUCGAGAUUAAUGCAUCGAAAAAGUUGUAUAAAGUUCUACAAUUCAGUUGCGAGAAAACAAAAUCGAAAUUAUUUUUUGGCUAAAAUAAAUAAGAUGUAUGUCACAAAGUGUUUUAUUGAAGGUCUUUUGGCGUAAGUUGUUAUAUCAAAGGUUAUAGUUGAUAUGAUUCUUUGUUUAAGCACUUAACAUUAAAUAUACCUGCUACAGUCAUUUUAAUUCAUAGGUUGAAUAAAUCUAAUGAAAAAUAUUAUACAAAUGAGCCGCAAGUUAUCCAGAUCAAAGCUAUCAAUAAGCACAAAACUGUACAUAAUAGUUAAGUAAAUUUUUCGCGCGUUUAGUAUAUAAUAAUGAGCUUUGUUAAAUAGAUAAGUAAUUUUAAUCUACAAAUUGCAAAUCUUUUAAAGGUUAUCGUAAAUGCAAAUGGAUAGAUAUUGUAAAAUUAUUUAUCAUACACAAAAACUCGUUUCGUAAAUUACCUAAUAUGAUUAGGGUGUAUGAAAUAUAAAAUUAUGUAUAAAUCGAAAAACAAUCAUUACAAAUGAAAUGAAAAUAAUUUUCAU